UUGCUCCAGCUCCCAUUCCAGCUCCACGUUCAACGCCAUGGCAAGAUACGCGAUCUUCUUAGAGGAAGCGAAGUACUUUCUGAAAGACAAUCGGAAAGACCUCAUUUGGCUCGUCCGUGCAGCCCAUUAUUUUCCAGCCUCCGAGCUGAAUGGACAGGAAAGGCUUCCGGGCGACGAAGAUGACGAAGACGCCUUGCAACGAUUGGUGAGACACCUUCACACCUUGAAGAAGAAGGAGAACUUCCACAACUUUCAGCCACGGCCAUGGAGUAAGCCUUCUUCUUUCCCCCUGGUGUAUGUGGUCACUGGUGCCGACUGCACCGAAGUUCAUCUGAACAAGUUGGAAAAGAUGAAGUUCAGUCGCGGAGGCGUCAUCUCGGUGACUCGCAUUCCAGACCAGCCGUGGUGCAGGGAGUCCUCCCAAGAUGUGCAUCCACGGGAUCAAUGGGCCUGGGGCACUCUGAUGCCCUUGUAUUUCAAAGUCAUUGGCCAGCGCGAGCAGAAGUGGUUAGUGAACUUCUUUGGAACGCAAUGGCAAGGAAAUGAGUUGAUCAUCAACGAGCAGGUGAAUCAGGAAUUCUUUAGAAGACAGUUGAACGCAGACAGUGACAAGCUCUUUGCCCGUUAUGUUGGCUUAGCACUGGUGCAUCCCCAUCCCAGCCCUGACAGAGUGCUGCUCCUGACGCUCUUCCAACACGACCCGAAAAACGGCGACGCUUGGGCCGUGCCCGGCGGAUCCGUUGAUCGCGCCAAGGAUCAGGACUGGAUUCAAGCUGCCAUGAGAGAGUUCGAAGAGGAGGUCAACCCCAGUGGCGAUGCGCAGUGGUCGGCGGCUGCGGCAUUUGAGCCCGGAAACUUUCAGCUCAUCUCGUUGCAGAAUCUCUUGCCCGAAAGCGACAUACAGAAUAUGAAUAGGCCGUGCCUGAACUUCGUGGUGGCUCGUGCCAAGCAAGCCUUCUACCAGUUGACCCAAACAGCUGCGCCACACCCAGAUGGGGGGCAAGCACUCAAGCUUCCGACGGAUUUCGUCCAUUGGCACCGAACGGCAGCGAGAAAUGUGGCGCUACUGGCAGGACACAAAGCUGCCUUUGUUGGAGCAUGAGCGUUUCUUGUGGCUGGAGUUGGACCUGACGAAUGGCAUCCCUGUGGUCCCAGCAAAUUCGCAGGUCCAUGGCUACGUCAACUUCGUCGCCAAGGCGCUGCAGAGAUCUUCCGCCCGACCUGCCCUGGAAGAGCUGCUGGAGCAGCGACCCUACGCAGCGGUUUUGGAAGCGGCCCCAGCACCAUGGAAUGCGGAAGAUCAAAGAAAUGCAGAGGUUUCUCCAGCCUGAGGGUUGGAACGAUGUGUGACGGAUGAGUGCAUGAGCUGGGCCCUGAGUAGUAUGUGGUGGUUUCAUUGGCCCUGGUGUUGAAAUCCGCCCUGUUAGUGUGGAAAAUCAUCCGGCAAGUCUCUGAGCGAGACACUUUCCCGGAAAAGAAAUGCUUGCAGCAUUGCAGCGCUGUACAGUUGUGCCAUGGAGGGCCAAGGGUUUCCCACUCUGGAACCUAACUCUUAC